AUGAUAUUUGACCCCGCCCCUCUGGGACUCCCAGUCUCGUAUGAAACUAUUUCAACCUCGGGUGAUAUCAUUGUUAAACAUCACCCAGAAGGGGCACCAGAGGCGACUCCAGUUGUGGUUGUUACACUGAAUCGGCCCACCAAACACAAUGCCUUCACGGGUGGAAUGAUGGAAGACUUUGAGAAGCUCUUCCCUCUAUUUGAUGCCGACGAGCGUGUCAAGGUGAUUAUUUUAACAGGUGCUGGUAAGACAUUCUGCGCUGGCGCAGACUUGGAUAUAGGAUUCAACCGCCACCUUGGUCAAGAGAGACCGGCUGAUCAUCGUGACGGAGGUGGACGUGUUUCUCUCGCUAUCCAUCGAUGCCGGAAACCCACUAUCGCAGCCAUGCAGGGCUCGGCAGUUGGCGUAGGCAUGACUAUGACCCUUCCCACGGCUAUUCGGAUUGGCUAUGAGAAAGGGAAAUAUGGAUUCGUGUUUGCUCGCCGUGGAAUCACAAUGGAAGCAUGCUCGUCAUUUUUCCUCACUCGUUUGAUCGGCCACUCAAACGCUAGCUACUUGCUUAGUACCGGUGCAGUUUUCCCACCUACAGUAAAGCACUUUGGUGAUUUGUUCAAUGAAAUCAUGCCCGAGCCUUCUCAGGUAUUGCCUCGAGCCCUCGAAUUAGCGAUCGAGAUUGCCGAAAAUGUCAGCCCUACAGCAUCCUAUCUCAAUCGCGCCAUGAUAUGGCAUGAUGCCGGUUCGCCUGAAAUGGCACACUUGAUAGAAUCGAAAAACAUUUACCACAUGUUCCGAUCAGAAGAUCAAACAGAAGGCGUCACAGCGUUCUUCGAGAAACGUAAGCCAAACUUCCGGGCAAAUCUGGAUCAAAGCUUGCCUGCACAUCUGCCGUGGUGGACUGAGGUGGAUACUGGUCGAAAGCCCAAGGCCAAUUCUUCGUCGAAGUUGUAA